CACAGACCGGCCCCGGCCCCGGCCGCCGCCCCGACCCGCGCCAGGAAGCAGCCGGCAGGCGCCAACCUGAAGCCCAAGCACCCCGAGGAGCAGGAGAUCCCCUUCCGCCUGCGGGAGCUCAUCCGGAGCCGCGAGGCCAUGAAGCACCCCAAGGCCAGGAAGAGGCGGGCGGCAGGGAAGCAGCAGCAGCCCAAGGUCCCGGCGGCGGCGCACGGAGACAUCGCGGUGCCCAAGUUCAGGCGGGGGAAGGGGGAGUCGGAGCACUCCUACCUCUGCCGCAUGGAGCAGGAGGUGCAGCACAUCCUCUUCCUCACCAAGAACCAGGUGCAGCGGGAGCCCGAGAAGGAGGCGGCGGCACCGCAGGAGUCCAGGAGAAAAAAAGAGUUCCAGAACAAGAAGCUGGACAAAGCCCGGAGGAAGAAGGAGGAGAAGAAAGAGGCUUUGCGGGAGAAGAGCCUGUUCCAAGACCCCGUGGCGUUCGGCGAGGUGGUGAUGGAGCCGCCCACCCUCACCUCGCGGCCCCGGCACGGGGGCCCGGCAGAGCAGGCUGGACGCAAGCAGCUCCUGCUGACGCCUCGCCUGGGCCGGGGGCCCCCGGUGUCGUUGGCUCGCCAGCGCAUCGUGCAGGAGGAGAGGGCGCGCGUCAUCCAGGCCUACCGCGACAUCCAGAGGCGCAAACAGCAGCAGAGGGAGGCCCAGGCAGCCCGCGGGGUCCCCGGCUGAGCCCUCCCCUUCGUCCUCCGUCCUGGCGAGGGGGCACAAGAGCCCCCCGGCCCCUCGUGUGGAGCAGCAGCAGGGUGACAGCCAGCUGGGUGUGCAGCACGGGGGACGCAGAAGCUCAGGACUUGUGGGGUUGUCCCAACCCCUUGCUGCUGCCCCGACAGCACCCUGGGGCUCGCAAGAGCCGUGCAGCCUUUCUGGCACCCGCACUGGAGCCGGGAGCCUCUGGUGCCACGGACCUGUUUGUAGUAAAAUGCCAUUUUCUGAUGGUG